AUGCCUAUCUGCACUUUGGAGACCAAUUUGGGCAAAGAAAAAAUUCCUAAAGACUUUCAUGUCAAGCUUGCAAAUGUAUUGGCCGCUACGUUGAAAAAAGACUUAGAGAGAAUAUCAGUAACAAUAUCUCCUGGCCUGAUGAUGACUCGUGGUGGGAGCACUGAUCCAACAGCCACCCUGCAUAUUUGGUCCAUUGCUGUCUUC